UCUCCGGUUCGACGAGCCGCUGUUGUUCUCACAACAAAAGGGAUCCGAACCGGAGAAACGUUUUAAUUUCUCCACGGAACGCAAACAUGGACACGUCGUCGCGAAUUUAAACAGUUUUCACUCAUUUUUAGUAUUAAUUUUAGCGGGUUUUGUGUGAAAACAAUGUCCCAGGGACAACAGAGAAAUUCCGGAAAAUUCUGCGCAGUCACAGUUUAAUGGGAGCAGUGACCUGAGCAGAUAUGCCAGCUGACGACAAGGUUGCCAUCCUGACGGACGAUGAGGAGGAUCAGAAGAGGAAGUAUGUGUUGGCAGAGCCGUUUAACACCCUGUCCAUGGCGCAGCAGGAAGGCGUGUCCACUCCGGCGCCGUCCGAGCCUCUGCCGGCGCCGCAGCCUGACCCGGUGGACUGCUGCGAGAGGAUGUGUCUCCGCAUCAACAGCCACCUGCUCAUUUCUAAAGUCUUCUACUUCUUCUUCUACGCCGCCUACGGCUCGCUGCACCCCCUGCUGGCGGUCUACUACAAACAGCUCGGCAUGUCGGCCAGUCGGAGCGGCCUGCUUGUUGGCAUCCGGUACUUUAUAGAGUUCUGCAGCGCCCCCUUCUGGGGCGUAGUGGCGGACCGCUUUAAGAAAGGGAAGGUGGUGCUGCUGUUUUCCGUCAUGUGUUGGUUGGUCUUUAACUGUGGCAUUGGGUUUGUCCAACCAGCGGAGAUGAAGUGUGUUUCUAUGACAACGGUUCCCCCACCGACCACCACUGUUCCUCCUGGGAACGUCACCGACCCGAGCAACUCCACCGACCACCCCAGAAACCGGCGGAGCGUCAUGGAGUUCCCCAAAGUUCCUGAAGUCUGGCACAGUUCCUUCAGUAUUCCCUACCGGCAACAACGAAGCAUCGACAACUCGAUGUCCAUCAACGCCACUGAGGCUGCACCCAACACCACCCUACAGACCACCACCACCCCCCCGACUACAACCGCCAAGACGGACUACCACAUCAUCUACAACCAGGACCAGGUGGAGAACAUCUUCCUGCUGAUCCUCCUCGUCAUCAUCGUGGGCGAGUUCUUCAGCGCCCCCGCCGUGACCAUCGUGGACACCGUCACCCUGCAGUACCUGGGGAAGGCCCGCGACCGGUACGGCCUGCAGAGGAUGUGGGGGUCCCUGGGCUGGGGCCUGGCCAUGCUGGCGGUGGGCAUCUGGAUCGACCACACGCACAUCACCGUCCUGAUCGACGGCAUCGGCUGCAUCCUGCCGGAGUACCGCCUGCACAACUACCGCCUCGCCUUCAUCGUCUUCGGCGUGCUGAUGGGCGUGGCCUUCAUCGUGGCGACUCAGUUCUACUUUGAGAAGGGCGAGGAGUACCGGCAGGAGCUGCCGGAGGUGGUGGAGGACUCGGCGAGCGGCCAGGCCUCACCAGACUCCGGCUCGUCGGACCAGACUCCGGCGGUGUCCGAGGCCACGCAGGAGUUCCACUACGGCGACCUGCUGAGGCUGCUCUGCACGGUGCGCUACAGCUCCGUCCUCUUCGUCGCCUGGUUCAUGGGCUUCGGCUACGGCUUCGUCUUCAGCUUCUUGUACUGGCACCUGGAGGACCUGAAGGGGACCACCACGCUGUUCGGGGUCUGCUCCAUCCUCAGCCACAUCUCCGAACUCGGAGCUUACUUCACCAGCCACAAGUUCAUCGAGCUUGUUGGUCACGUCAGGGUUCUGUACAUCGGCCUGGCCUGCAACACGGCGCGCUACCUGUACAUCUCCUACCUGGAGAACGCCUGGAUCGUCCUGCCCAUGGAGGUCCUGCAGGGAGUGACCCACGCCUCGGUCUGGGCCGCCUGCAUCUCCUUCCUGAGCGCCGCCGUCCCCCCGGCGCUCAGGACGUCGGCUCAGGGGAUCCUGCAGGGCCUCCAUCUGGGCCUGGGCCGGGGCUGCGGCGCCAUGGUGGGCGGCGUGUUCGUCAGCUACUUUGGCGCUGCGGCCACAUUCAGAGGAAUCGGCAUGGCCUCCCUGGUCAUCCUCCUCAUCUUCUCCUUCAUCCAGUGUCUGACCGGAGAGAUCGAAGGGAAAGAGGACAGGAUUCUGGCGGAGAACAUCCCGGUUCCCUCCAGCCCGGUCCCCAUCGCCACCAUCGACCUGGUCCAGAGCCAGAGCGCCCCUGGCAGCCCGGUGGCGCCUCGGCCGGUCGCCACGGCGCCCGUCAGGAAAACCAAACACCAGGAGGACCAGGAGGACGUGACCAGGCCGGCCUGGAUGCUCUCCGGCGCCCCCUGGGUCACCAUCGCCUUCGCGCUGGUCCAGAUCAGAGAGAUGAUGAACAUGAAGAACAGCGCCCCCCCUGCAGAAAAUCAGCCACUGCAGGCUCCUAGCGGCCCGGUGGCGGCCGAGUACGAGGCGGUGGCCACGUCCCACGGAGAGCAGAGCCAGGAGCCGGAGUCCGCCCGCCCGGAUCCUCCUGAAUGAAGUGUUAAACAUCAACACCAGACUAUAAACACCGUAUUUAUAUAUUUAUGUAAAAUCUCACUUAAGUUAUUGGAGGUUUUUCUCUUUUGGUUCAGUUUUUCCAGCAGUAACUUGAAGCGGAGGUGCUUGUUGUGGUUUAAACUCCUCCAGGUGAAUAAAUCCAACCCACCUUCUCCUCCCUUUGCACUGUAUUUACUGCCGCUGGACUGUGAAGGACGUUCACCUGGAAAUGUGCUUCUUCCUGGAAGAUGUUUCAGUAAAUUCAUCUGGGUCGUAUUCAACCUUUAAAAGAAGUGAUGAAAAGAGGAUUAACGGUUUUGUUUUUCUGCAGACUGGCUGCUAAAAACACCAAACUGGUUUCAACCUACUGGUUGGAUCAUGGAUGCUAAUUUAAUACUUUAUACGACUUUGUUCUUUUUUGCUAAUAAAUAAUGUGAGUUCUGACCUUUAAUCGCUGAUGAAGCAGUUUGGCUGCAGGCCUGAAAAUAUACAAAUCUGACCAGGAUGUUUCAACCUGUGGGGAUUUUCCUCUGAGUUAAAAUGAAAAACACUUUGUGCUUUUUCUAGACUGGGGUUCUGUGGAGUAGCUAUGAGUGGUCACUAUUUUACCUGCUGCAGACUCCAUUUUAUCCAUUCAUUCCUGAUUUAAAUGAUCCUAAACGAGGAAGAGGAAGAGGAAGAAGACUGCUGGCUGCGUUUAACUUCAUAAAAACAAAUCAAACUGGAAGAUGUUUAAACAUUUACAUGUUUGGAGCGAAUCUGUGCUGAAUCCAUCCUCACUGUGAUCCUUCCAGGUAUUUUCUGACAUAUUUCCUUAUUAGAAAUGAAGUAAACUGUGGAUAGAAAACAUAAGAAAGGUUCAUUAAUUUGGCUUUUGGGAGGAAAAGUGCCUUAGCUGAUUUUUUUAAAGGACAAAUAAAUCAAGUAGAUGAGACAGUUUAGUGAAUAAUAAAUCAAAUUUAGUGGCAAAGCACAAAAAUGUAUUAAAUAUGAGCAGAAAUUCCUCUAAAAUCAGAUUUGUAUGCAUCCAGACCUGCAAAAAAACCAACUAAUAAUCUAACUGAGUUUUUCAGAGUUCAUCACUUCUUUUAAAACUUUCUUUUUGCCUUUGUAGACAAAGACUGACUUAUUUUCUGCAUGUUUGUAUAUAAAAGCACACCGGAGGAGCUGUGAAGAAGAAGAAGUGCCUCUUUUUUAUUUAAAGCUUCUUUCUGUAAGUCAGGAGCAGCAGAGACCUUUACUGUUUCACUCCCACUGAGGAAUCUGCGUCUUUAACGUACCGAUAUUCUCACCCUGCAGACAAACGCAGCUUCCUGUUUGAUUUUCUUGCCAAAUGAUUCCCAGUAUUCAGCGUUUCUGUGGAGGAAAGCCUUAAGAUGAAGACUGUUUACUUACUUGGUGUACAGAGGAAUAAAAGACGUUUUAAAACUCUG